CUCUCAUUCCUUUACAAACGCUUCACCCAUCAAACCAUGCCAACGGCACGCCACUUGCUCCUCCUCCUUUUUCUCGUCACCGUUAACUUCCCGUAUGGAGGUACAGCCGGAGAGCUCCCGGCUUUCAGAGAAGCAACGGCAUUUCGGAAUGGACGGGGUUGCCCCCGAGCGGCGAGGUUCUCCUCGCUGGACGACCGGUGGCUCAUCCACAUCGCGAUGACGCUGGACGCUACCUACCUGCGGGGCUCGGUGGCGGGGGUGUUCUCGGUGCUCCAGCACGCGUCGUGCCCGGAGAACAUCGUGUUCCACUUCAUCGCCGCCAAGCGCGGCCACGACGGCCUCCGCCGCGUUGUCACCACGACCUUCCCGUACCUGAGCUUUCGCCUCUACCACUUCGAUUCCAACCUCGUGAAGGGAAUGAUCUCCUACUCUAUACGGCAAGCCCUCGACCAGCCUCUCAACUACGCGCGCAUCUACCUAGCCGACCUCCUGCCCUCCGCUGUCGGUCGCAUCAUCUACUUCGACUCCGACCUGAUCGUGGUGGACGACGUGGCGAAGCUGUGGAGCAUCGAUCUGGGCAAUCACGUGCUGGGCGCGCCCGAGUACUGCCACGCGAACUUCACGAGCUACUUCACGGGCAGUUUCUGGGCGAACCGGGCGUAUGCGGCGUCAUUGAAGGGGAAGAGGGCGUGCUAUUUCAACACGGGGGUGAUGGUGAUCGAUCUGAGGAAGUGGAGGGAAGGGAGGUACACGGAGAGGCUGGAGAGCUGGAUGAGGGUGCAGAAGCGGUACAGGAUAUACGAGCUGGGGUCGCUGCCUCCGUUUCUGCUGGUGUUCGCAGGGGACGUGGAGGGGGUGGAGCACAGGUGGAACCAGCAUGGGCUUGGAGGCGACAAUCUGGAGGGACUGUGUAGGGAUCUCCACCCUGGGCCGGUGAGCCUCCUGCAUUGGAGUGGCAAGGGCAAGCCCUGGCUCCGGCUCGACUCUAAGCACCCGUGUCCCUUGGACAGCCUCUGGGCCCCUUACGAUCUCUUUCGUCACUCAUCGUUGCUCUCCGACAGCUAGCCACCACUUGGUGACUGUGUUUCAUGGGAAAGAGCCGCGCGCCCACUCGGGCGUUAUAUAUUGACGGCUGUGAUUCGCUUUGUAAAUGAGGACAGACAUCGAUGGUGUCAAAAAGGGAUUUUUGAUAAAGAUGAUGAUGAUGAGCGCAUGAGCUAUAUAACAGGAUGGACUGGAUAAUCCUUCCUUUCUCCGGCCCAUCUCCAUACGAACUUGUUUCGAUCUCAAGGCCCUAAUGCGGUGACAAAAAAAAAAAAAAAACUUUACAGACUAGGAGGGCUAUAUAGUCCUCCGUUCCCUCUCUCUUGCCCCAUCUUGAUAUGAACUGGAUUCCAUCUCAAGGCCCUAAAUACCAUCACAAAGACACUUCACAAACUGGAUUACUCCACACCCAUACCAUAAUUGUGAAAAGUUCAUGGAGCCAUUGACACUCUCAAAAGACGUUUUGAGAGAGGAGGGGACAACAUGACUUAUCUUAGCGAUGGAAGACACUUUAACAUGCCCUCUCAAGUGUGGUAACUAAUGGCCAAACACGUGGACAACAACAGAAGGAAAAUGCCUAUCAUCGCAAGAAACCUGUGGAUCUGAUACCAUGUAUUAGUCUAAUGGGUCUUAUUCACUUUUAAAAGACACAUUGAGAGAAGAAGUGACACAAUGAUUUAUAAAGUGUCUAGGUGAAGGAAAUCUUAGUGAUGUGAGACACUUUAACAGUAAUGAUGUAAAUAUUGUUAUCAAUUUUUAUUCGGAUCAAGAUUGUCUACAA